AUAAAUCAGUCAGCAAUCAGCAGGAUUUUUGUUGUGUUAGUAGUCACGUUGUCUUCGUCUCCACACGUUAAUUCUUUGUCUGAUUUAUUACCAACACCAUCAGACGACCAGACGACACACUAUCCGUGAGAUUUAAACGCCGCUGGUAGUUAUUGCUGAUGGCCCAAAGUUUACCUAGUGGCUGAGCUAGAGUUUAACUGUUUCUUCUUGCCAAGAAUUACCACCGCCCUCUCUUCGUCUUUGUCCAUUACUUCUUAUACUUCUUCCUCUUCCUCUUCUUCUUAUUCUUCGUCCUCGUCGCGAGAGUUAAGCUGUCGAGGAUCCAUUUGGAAGCCAGUAGUCAUCUAGCUUAGGCGACUGCUUUUAUUUAAACGGUGUAAUAUAUUUAUUAUCCAUCAUCAUCAUCGUCAUCUUGCUCGUAAAUUUUAACUAGACACAGAACCAUGGAUGACAAUGAAGAAAUGGGAACCAAAGUUGAGCUUUACGUGUACGAUUUGUCCAAAGGGGCUGCUGCAAUAAUGUCUCAACUUCUUAUAGGUCGACACAUAGACGGGAUUUGGCAUACGGCGAUCGUCGCCUACGGUCGUGAAUAUUUCUUCGGGCCAUCUGGGAUACAGAGUAUCCGACCAGGCGGUACAGUUCUAGGUGAACCUCUGAGAGUAGAAAAGCUCGGAGAUACAUUUUUACCCUACUCGGUAUUUCUGGAGUACAUCAACGGUUUGGGAACAUCGAAAUUUGCCGCUGGGACGUAUCAUCUGCUGCGAGUAAACUGCAACAAUUUCUCUGACGAGGUGAGCAGCUUCCUGGUGGGCAGUGGCAUUCCGAAAUACAUUCUCGACUUACCUGAAGAAAUAAUCAAGACGCCCGUAGGACAGGCAUUAGCACCACUGAUAGAGACCCUCGGAAACAGUGCGAGUGCUGGAUUCACAGUCGGGCACAGAUUCGUCGAGCCAAGGAUUCAACGUGAGGUUUCACCCGAGUAUCAGCUUCUUAAUACGGCGAUCGAGGAAGCCCGGCUCAAUUCAAUAGCUUUGGAGGAAAGGCGAAACGUUUUGAACGAGAAACUUGCUAAGAAGGAGCGGAAAAAGAAAAAGAAGAAGAAGGAAAAACACGAUAAAUCUAAAGGGACCAGUGGUAGUGACAGUAACAGUACAGGACCUAGUAAUUAUUCUACGAUGGCAGACAGUGAAGUAGCGGAAAUGCAAUCAGCGAACGGAGACAUGGGCGCUGAAAUGUUACCCUCUGAUCGUGUUCUCCAGAUGGAAGCUGAAGAAAGACGGGAGCUUGAGGAAAGAAAACGUCAAAGAGAUCCUCCGAUUGUGUUCAAAGACUUGACUGAUCUUACGGCAGAGUUCGAUGCUCUUUGUCGUUUGCUCGAAGGAAAACUCAACGAAACUGAAAUAACAAAUUUAGAUGAACUGCGUCAGUAUGCGUUGGAGAAUGAAGGCUCUUGGGCAUUGGGUGAUAAUUUUUUAAAUUUCAUUGGGCGAAUUUUGUAUGACAAGUCAUUGGACACUGCGGCAAAAGUUAAACUGUUGAAUAUUCUUGCAAUAGCGGCGCUCAAAGAUGAUGUUAUUCUUCUGCUGCAUCAAGACAGACGAGAGCAUACGAUAAUGAAUUAUGCUUUUGACAUUGACCGCCAUUCUCCUGAAGAACAACUUCCUCUAGCUCAAUUCAUAACUAACAUGUUUGAAAAUCUGAGUAGCUCCGAGUGGUUACUUUACAUUUCCGAGUGGCAGCACAACAACCAAGGUAUCAGUAAUAUCAGAGUAACUACAAAAAUAGCAGUACACUCACUACUAUCAGAAUCAGCAGAUCUUCAGGCUUGUGGUGCGGCGAUUAUUCACAACCUUGCUUGCAAGGAGAAAAUGAACAAAAACAAAAAGCUACGGCAACUUUUACCGAAAGGUAGCAGUUCUAAGGUGUUUGAUGAUGUCGCUGUGGAGUUAACAAUGGCACUGCUCCAGUACUUCAAUGGCAGCCCAUCCGAGGAACAUUUGUUCGCGUGUAUGAAGGCACUUGCACGAUUCACUCAAAUAAGCGGUCACGAAGUGCCGCAAUUGAUCCAAAUGAUCGGUCCGGAGCCAAAUAAAUUCCGCGGUACAUCGCGACGAGUAGACGAAAUGAUAGACGAAGUCAAUAAGAAGCUGCGUUAAUUUUAACUUAAUCAGGAAAUCAUAUGAUCGUGAGAGAUAUUUAUAAAAUAAAUAUUUCCGUUAUUAAAUAAUAAUAAUAAUAACUUAUUAUUUACACAAGAACUCUGAUAAUGCUUUUUAUUUGACGGUUUACAUUUUUUUAUACCUAAUAUUUAUCUUUUUAGAUAAUUCUAUAAAUUAUUUUUAUUUGGUUUUUCAAAUACUGUGAGCUGUUAAUUAAAUUUUAUUUAAAAUUUUUUAAAAUGCAUUUUAUAAAUAUUUAAAUUUAAAAGUAUAAACAAAUAAAUAAAUAGUCAUUUUUGUUUUGUCUACUGAGAAAAAAUAUUUUAUUUUAUUCUUACAAGAAAUUUUAAAUCCAAUAAAUUUUUGAAGCCCAAAAUAUUAUGAUCCUGAAGCUAGCAG